AGGCGGUUUACAGUUUUUUGAGGUUAUUAUUUACAUCGCGUGAAACUUUCAGUAUUUUUCUAGCUGCAUUUAGUGAAAAUCUGUGAAGAGUUUGUUUUAAUCUCAAGUAUUUCUUUUUUUUAAUAGCAAGAUGUUCCUCUCCCGCUCUGAGUACGAUCGAGGUGUAAACACAUUCUCACCAGAAGGUAGAAUUUUCCAGGUUGAAUAUGCCAUUGAAGCAAUUAAAUUAGGAUCUACAGCUAUUGGCAUCUGUACCUCUGAAGGUGUAGUUUUAGCAGUUGAAAAACGAAUCACAUCUUCUUUAAUGGAACCUAAUACUGUUGAAAAAAUAGUUGAAGUCGACAAACAUGUUGGAUGUGCAGUCAGUGGAUUAAUAGCAGAUUCCCGUACAAUGAUUGAUAGAGCGCGUGUCGAGUGUCAGAACCACUGGUUCACCUAUGAUGAAAGAAUGAGUGUAGAAUCUGUCGCACAGGCUGUUUCUAACUUGGCCAUCCAAUUUGGUGACUCGGGUGAUGAUGGUGGUGCAAUGAGUCGACCUUUUGGUGUAGCUAUCUUAUUUGCUGGCUGUGAUGAGAAAGGACCACAAUUAUUUCAUAUGGACCCCUCUGGUACAUUUGUUCAAUUCGAUGCGAAAGCUAUCGGAUCUGGAAGCGAAGGCGCUCAACAAACUUUGCAGGAAGUGUAUCACAAGUCAAUGACACUCUCAGAAGCCAUCAACGCUUGUCUAACUAUUUUGAAACAAGUAAUGGAAGAAAAACUCAAUUCUAGCAACGUUGAAGUUGUUACUGUCACUCCUGAAAAACUCUAUCAUCUCUUCACAAAGGAGGAAGUGGAAGCGGCUUUAAGCGAAGUCAAACCACUGAUAAAAGAUGAACCAUCUUCAAGCUCGACCUCUAAAUCAUAAUCUUCAUUCAGCCUCUUCAUUCAUGUAAGAAUUCAUUCGAACAUAAAGUUUAAAUAUUUUUUUCAUUUUUUCAACCUGUUAAUUUUUAAGUACUUUGUUUAAUAAAUUAUUUUGUAAUGGA